AGCACAGGCUCGAUCUCUUCCCCGCACUGUUUGCGAGGUUCCUGUGCACACAUGAUCCGUUCUCUUUCGCUUUCAUUUCCCGGAAGGAUUCUUAAUAUUGCAGCGAUUCGAAUCAGAAAACACUAACUCUGCGGUGCGAGACUGCGACUUUACGCGACAACACACGCUGUAUUUGGUGCAUAUAUCGAUCAGCUGUUGAUACAGUAAUCAGGUAUUUAUACUGUAGUGAAUAUUUCUGAGUUUGGGAAGUCCUGAAGGUUACAGAACAUGAGUGACGCCUCCUCACCGCCACCUUUAAUAAAGCUUCAGCAGAGCUGCAAUGGGAACGAACCCUCAGUUUGCUCUCCGGUUCUGCACGACCCUCAAAAUGAGCCUUCCUCCGUGUACGAGACGGUGCCUGAUGAACUCUGCAAGCUACCUGGAAGACUAUGCAUCAAUCCAUCUUUAUGGAAUAAGGAGGACGUGAAUCUCUGGUUGCGCUGGGCUCAGAGGGAAUAUUCUCUGCGACGUGCGGACCACCAAAAAUUUGAGAUGAAUGGAAAGGCACUUUGUCUUCUCACCAAAGAGGACUUCCGUCUUCGCUGUCCCAGCUCUGGUGAUGUUCUGUAUGAACUCCUUCAACAUGUGAAGCAGCAGAGGAGAUGUGCCAUCUUCAGUCUGCUGUCCAGCUCCAACACACAGUCACAUCAGACGUCCAGCUCGCACGGGACUACAGUAAAUACAAACUCCUGGGUGUUAACAGCUGGAUGCAGCACAGAUCAGAGCCAGAAGAAGAAACCUCUGUCUGCUGACCCUGAGUAUUCACAUGGCAUGCACAGAGAGAUUUCACAUCAUUCUCCCAAGGAAAAUAAUCAACAGACAUUGCCAGACAAAACCAGACAACCAGUAAAUGUUUACCGUACAAAUGAGCCUCUCAACCUGUCCAAUAAACCCACAAGACCUGCAAACACCACACAAACCUCGGAGGCCAAUGGAAAGAUUGCAGACUGCAAACUCUUAUGGGACUAUGUGUACCAGCUGCUGUCGGACAGCAGGUAUGAGGCCUUCAUUCGCUGGGAGGAUCCAGACGCCAUGGUCUUCAGAGUGGUGGAUCCCAAUGGACUGGCACGACUCUGGGGCAACCACAAAAACAGGGCCAAUAUGACCUAUGAGAAAAUGUCCAGAGCAUUACGUCAUUACUACAAGCUCAACAUUAUCAAGAAAGAGACAGGCCAGAGGCUGCUCUUCCGGUUUCUGAAGACCCCUGAGGAAAUCAUGCAAGGCAGGUCAGACCGCACAGAACCGCCAGAGUCUCCUGACAGUCCUGCAUCUCCAGAUUACAGAGAAGACGCUCUGGAAGUAUCACCUGUAUCGACUCCUGCUACCAUGAGCCCCAGCUAUGACCACAACUUCAGCAUAUCACCAAUCCCAUAACAUUCACUCUCUCGUUCUGAUCCAGGAUCAGCCUUAGUAUUUCAUUAUCCAGACUUUUUAGAAUGGGAAACCCAGAGCUGAUCUUCUGUCAGAGUGGACAUCCAAUGCAGCACGAUGUGAAAAGUCUUCAGCAGCACCAGAGACGGCUGAUAUCCCAGAGGUUCCUCAGGACUCAGUAAUAUUUCAGGAGACGCUCAGACCACAUGGUUUUGACUUAGGAUAGUAGUGUGCAGUUGUGAGCUGUUAGUAUGUGUUAAAAGCUAAGCGACACUAAUUUCGCAACACAACAAUUCUGAUUGAAUCUCAUAGUUGAUUAUUAGAGUUAAUAUGACAUUUUCUCUCAGGUUGUAAAACUGUGCAUUAUUAUUUUUUACAGAUUUGUGAACUGCACUGCAUUACUGUAUUACAUGGUUGAUUUAUACCCUUAAUCAAAUAUCAUUAAUAAUCUACAGAAUGAAAUAUGUGUAUUCAUGAAUAAACUAAUUACUGUAUAAAGGGAGUUGACAAAUAAGAUUCUAAUGAACUUUUUUUUUAGGUUGAAAAGUAUCGAUUUUAUAUCUGAUCACAUUAGAUUUUAUCAUUUCUUUCAGUACUAUUUGCAGUUUUCUUAUAGUAAAUAUUCCUGUAUGACAAAUAAUUGUUUAUUAAGUACAAAUAUUUCAUCUUAUCUAAUAUAAUCUAGAUUAAUAAUAAUUAGAAAAAUGUUGAUGUAUGGGUCAAUGAAAUGAAAUACCAUGGGCAUAGGACCCACUUUGAGGUGUCAGCAAAUAAAAAAUG